CUUUGACCUUGCUGGAAGCGUGACUAUAUUCUUUACAAUGGUAAUAAAUGUGAGAUGAUAAACUCAUGUAACCAGUUUACACUUACUUCGUAUACACUGUAGCCAGAUGCUAACGCAGAAAUGUAUUCGACUGUAUGGCUGGUGCUCCCUCCACAUGCGCAAGACAAUAUGGAAGGAACUAGCAAAUCGAUCACUCGUAUCAUAAAGACGUUAUUGGAACAAUCAUUUGGGAGAUUUAUACCGGAAUGAGUCCGUACAAAGAUAUAUUCGGCAGCUUGUGGAAGAGUACAGAGAUGUCACCAAAACAUUACAACAUGGGUUUCUCAACGCCCCCGCCAGGAAAGAGUUGAACAAGAGACAGAUGUGACUUUCACAUCGGCAUGUUUCAGAGCGCUGAACAUGCCGUGAAAGACCUAGAGGAGGUUGAAACUCUGCUUCAGAAGACAGUCGGUUCCAAAGAGGAAGACCGACAAAAAUGGUCCAGCUACUGAAAGAGGAACAAGCACAGAUCACCCAAAGAAUCGAGUCAUUGAGAAAAGAUGUACGAACAAACAUUAGACACAGAACAUUUUAAAUUUCUGCCUUGGUCAGUCUGGAAUUUGAUGAAAAAAUCUGAAUUCAUAUUCCCCCAGUUAAUCCAGACACUAGUACCCAGUGACCCACACGACACCAGUAAUGUCCUUCUGGAGGUGGUAACAGGGCGGACAACAGGAGGUGACAUCUGUCAACAGUUCACCAGAGAGAUGUUUGACAUGUACCAAGGCCUUACCAGCCACAAGAACUGGGACUUUGAGAUCUUCAACUACACACCUGCUGAAUAUGGUGGACUGCACCAUGUGGCAGUAAGGAUAGCGGGGGAGAGUGUGUACCGGCGUCUGAAGCAUGAGGGAGGGACACACCGGGUCCAGAGGAUCCCCGAGGUGGGCCUGACCUCCAGGAUGCAACGCAUUCACACAGGAACCAUGACCGCCAUCGUCCUGCCACAACCCAACGAGCUGGACAUCAGCAUUGACCCUAAGGACCUGCGGGUUGAUACGUUCAGAUCGAGAGGGGCGGGAGAUCAAAGUGUCAACACAACAGACAGUGCUGUCCGAAUAGUACACCUGCCAACAGGUACAGUGGCAGAGUGUCAGACGUCCCGCUCUCAGCUGCAGAAUUGUGACACGGCCCUGCGCGUGCUGAAGGCCCGCCUCUACCAGAGCAUGAUGGGCAGAGAGACGGAGCAGAGACUUACAGCACGCAAACAGAAGGGGGGCACUCGCUCCGUCGGAGAGGAUUCGCACCUACAACUUCAGCUAGGACCGUGUGACAGAUCACCGGACUGGCUAUGUGACCAGAGAUAUCAAGGAGUUCAUGAGGGGCAGGGAGCCCCUGGAUGACCUGAUCUCAGAGCUGUUGGAACACAGAGACAAAGAGGCUCUGCUGGAGCUGGUGGUGACCUGCAGUCAGAGAUACUGACUCAAGACAGUGUGACGCCUUAGUUCUGGGAGCUAGCUGACAUGACCCACUGCAGACAGGAGAACAGUCAGACCAGAUAUGGAAGCAGUUGCGCAAACACUGAUCCUGGUUCAGUUUGUGAAAAGAAUGGCGUGUGGGUGGAGAAAAGAGAGCAGAGAGAGCCUGGCUACAGACAACCCAGCUCUUUAACCAGUCUCAGACAUAUACCCAAUUACACCCUAGCAUUUUAAUAAAGUCCUAAAACUUGACUGAAAAUAGUUGGCGACGAGCCCUGCUCCUAUUGGGUGUGUCAGAGCUAUGUUUCAGCCCAACACACACGCUCUAAUCUCAAGCACCCAGCCAUGACUGGCAGCUGGCCAGCCAUGGCAUCAGUAUCUCUCCUACACAGCCAUAGCAAUGAGCAUGUGUUGGCACCAGUGAAGGGUUGAAUUACCUUUGAGGCUACUCGAGCCCUGUGAAAUGUUGGAGUUGCUCUGACAGAAGUCUGCAAAAUAAAUCCGUGGAAGACUAUUGAUUAUUAAAGGCUGAUGGACUAAAGGAAGAAGCAUAGAGAAAAUGUCCACACCAGCAGAAUAUAUAUUCAAGUACAAUAUUUCAUCAAAUCAUACUGUAGAAAACUUUCUUUGCAUUCUCCUUCUCGCAUACUCCAACCAUGCUGGAGUACGGUCAAGGUCUGGGUCUCCCCAAAGCAUCGUAGCGCUAGGAUGUUCAUUCCAUUGAAACUAAA